ACAGUUUCACAUUAAAUUAAUUUCCCAUUUUGAUUUAGAUUAUAAUUUCAAUUUCAAUUCCUUUCCUUUCACUUCCUAUAGCAUAUAUAUUCAUUUGAUCGCAAGGUUAUUGGAGCAUGAUAAUCAUACUAUAGAAACAUUGUUCAUGGCCUCAACCUAAUACAUACCCCACAUACAACAAUCAUAUCAUGAGUACAAGUUAUACUAAAGAUAACAACAACAAUAAUAAUAAUAUCGAUGGCAUCGUCGACGAAAACCCUUAUAACAAUCCUGCCAUCACUUUCAACGAUGAAGAAGAAGAUGAUCGAAGUCCAGCAGGUAUCAAAUUCGAUGAUCAGAUAAGUGUCACUGCUCUUAAGGAUGCAUUAAAAAAGAAUAAAAAACGGAAGGGAUGGGGGUUUGGAAAACUAAUCACCCAAAGAAUUAAAUCAGUUUCAAGUUCAAUAACUCCUGUCAGACAACUAUCAUUCAGUGUCAAUAACUAUGAAGAUAAAUUAUUACCCUUGAUGUUCCAUGAUCGAACUAAAAUCGUUCAAAGAAGAGAUAUCGAACUUGUGGUUAAAAAUACUUUAAAUAUCCCUUUGGCAACAGUCACUUCUAUGACUAUUAGACCUGGUGAACCAUAUUUUGUAUUUUGGUUCUUCAUAUCAUCAUAUUUCCCCCUUAUAUCCGCAUGUCUUGGUCCCUUGGCCAAUAUGAUCUCUGUAAUUGGUUUAAUCCAACAUUGGAGAGUUAAUAAAGAAACUGGUUUGGAAAUCAGAGAUGAUGGUCCAAUGACGGUUUUAAAUGCAUUUUCAUUAGCAUUUGGUCUUAUUGGGAAUAUCUCAUUAUUAAUGAAUUUCUCCGGAACUAUAAAAUACUUGGUAAGUCAAUCAGUAUCAGUAUUUUGUUUUGUGGGUGCUAGUGUGGUAUUAUUAAUUGAUGUAUUAAUCACCAAUCAUUCAUUUGUAGGGCAAGAUGCUCAAUAUGUUAGAUCAGAAGGAUUCUGGUUUGGUGUAUUCACUUGUUUUUAUUAUUUCUGUUGUGCUUUAACUUUACUGAUUAAUUUCAUUGGAUAUAAAUUAAAUAAAUAUCCUGCUGCUUUCAAUUUAGAUACCAAACAAAGAACUUUAAUGAUUUAUACCAUUUGUUUUGCCUUAUGGUGUGUGGUUGGAUCAUGUAUUAUGGCUCAUAUGAUUGAUGAUUUAACUUAUGGUUCCGCUUUAUACUACUGUACAGUUUCAUUCUUAACCAUUGGUCUUGGUGAUAUUGUCCCGAAGACUCCAGGUGCAAAAGUAAUGGCCUUAGUAUUAUCAUUAGUUGGUGUUUUAAUUAUGGGUUUAUUAAUUGCUAUGAUUCGUCAAGUGGUUUUAACUUCAGGUGGACCAACUAUAUUUUGGGAUAAAAUUGAAAAAAGAAGAAUGAAAGAAGUUCAAGAUUUAAGACAUCAAGGUAUUGAAAUAACUCCGGAAGAAUCAUUCCAUAGAAUGAGAGUUAUCAGACGAAGAGCUAAAUCUCAUCAAUUAAAUAUAUCAUUAACUAUCACUAUAUUAAUAUUUAUGAUUUUUUGGUUAAUUGGAGCCCUUGCAUUUCAUUUUACCGAAGAAUGGUCCUAUUUCAAUUCCGUUUAUUUUUGUUUUCUUUGUUUAAUUACCAUUGGGUAUGGAGAUUAUGCUCCUAGAACCACUUUAGGUAGAGUUUUCUUUGUAUCAUGGUCAGUUUCGGCAGUUCCAUUAAUGACAAUUUUAAUUUCAAAUGUUGGUGAUAAGUUGUUUGAUAUGGCCAAUACUUUGAGUUAUUAUUUAUCCAAGUUUAUCUUUAGAGAUGAUUUAGAAGAUGAAAUCAAAGCCAAAAAGAAACAACAAAAGGAAUUACAUGAUGAUAUUGAAAAUUUCAUAAGUGAUGAAGAAGAUAAAGAAGUUAGUGAUUUAAGUUCAGAUAUACCGGGUAAUAUGGAAUUCAUGGAUGAUUUUGGUCAAAUGUUAGAUGCUCAUAAAGAACAACAUCAAAAUAAAGAUUGGAAAGUAGUUAGAGAAAAAAUUACUAAUAAAAUGGUUAAUCAAAAGGAAACUUAUGAAAAUAUUUUAGAUAUUUUAAGUCAUUUAAAACCUUUAAUCACUGAUUCCAUUGAAAAUCCAUUAAAGACUUACAAUCAUCAAGAAUGGGGUACGAUCUUAGCCAAUCUUGAAAAGAAGACCUUGGUCAAUGAGCAUGACCACGAUAGAGCGUCUCGUGCAUCUCGGGGUUCUGUAAUUCCUGAUGGACAGUUUUGGCUUUCGGAAAAAUCUCCGUUGAGAUUACCCUUGAAAGAACCGAAUUAUUUGAUUAUGAGAGUGUUUUUCAAGAUCGAAAAGGAUUUAUUAGAUUUAAUCGAUACAGAACAAGAAGAUUUGAAUCAAUUAAGACAAAUUGUUUCAAGUAGAGAAGGAUCAAGAGUCUCAGAAGAUAUUAUAGAUAAACAACAAAAUGAUUUGGCUCAUCUUCGUGAGAAAUACACCCAUCACCAUCAGCCUAAUGAAGAUAUAAAAUUCCGAUCUCCAUUUACUCCCAAGUGAUAUCUAUAUCAAGUUACUCGCCCAUUUAUUUAUUUAUUUAUGUUUAUUAUUCAGUAUUAUACUUUCAGUUCGCGGUCAAUUUCAUUUCAUUUACAAUUCUCUUUUUUAUAUGUUUAUUAUUAUAGUUCUUUAUUAGUUAGAUAGGUCCGUGACAUAAAAAUGUACAACUUUAGUUCUGGUUUAAUCAGAUUAUCUCGUAUGUAAGUGUUUCAAGAUUAAUAAUUGAUGC